AUGGAUGCCAGCAUUCUCAUGAUGGCCCAGCUGCUGUCUCAGCUGCCCAUCCCUGAAGCUCAGGUUAUCACCAUUAAUCCCUCACUUCCCGUGGAGGAGGCAGCUGAGGACUAUGCCAAAAAGCUGAGAGAGGCGUUCCAAGGGGACUCCAUCCCAGUCUUCGACCUGCUCAUCCUGGGUAUCGGCCCUGAUGGCCACACAUGCUCGCUCUUCCCAGACCACCCGCUCCUUCAGGAGAAGGAGAAGAUCGUGGCCCCCAUCAGCGACUCCCCAAAGCCACCACCUCAGCGUGUGACCCUCACACUUCCUGUGCUGAAUGCAGCCCGAACUGUCAUCUUUGUGGUGACUGGAGAAGGCAAGGCAACUGUUCUGAAGCGUAUCCUGGAAGGCCAAGAGGAGAAUCCGCUCCCUGCUGCUCUGGUCCAGCCACACACGGGCCAGCUGUGCUGGUUUCUAGAUGAGGCAGCCGCCCGCCUAUUGACUGUACCCUUCGAGAAGCACUCCACGUUGUAG